CACAGGCUGUGGAAAUCAGUACUACACCGGUCAUUACAAGGAAACUUUAAAACUUCUGUACAACCAAACAGUUAUUAUAGCGUUAUUAAAGCAAGUCAAGCAACUUAUAGCAACGUUAACGACGUGAAAUACUGCGUGUUGGUACUAUUGUUACGACCUUUUAACUACCACGAAGACGUAUGUUGCGGUGAUAUGACAAACGGAAGUAAAAGUUGACGGCAUUAACCUAGUGUUUGUCCCUUAUGGCCGCUCAUACUUCAGCUCUUCUAGUGCGGCGCUUACAUCAGAGGCGGGCUCGAGUGCUCGCGACACUCCCAACACCGACACACUCGACUUCGCUGCUCGCAGAACUGACGCAUCGGUGUUUAUGCAGUUCAGCUGCUGGUGGGGUGUCCAUGGCUGAGGAACCUUUAGUCACUGCAGGGAAUAACUUCCUGUUGGAUUACCGACAAGAGCCAGAUGUUACUUGUUCCAGACGGGACUCUGAUGGGCGCUUUGUGAACCCUUGGACAACAUGGCAGUUCCCCUCCUACAGCACCAUUGCUCGCCUCUUCCUCACAGAGAAGAAUAACAGUAAUGUUCCCAGUGCCAAAGAGGUUCUAGACCGUGAGUUGCCGGUUCUGGAGCCGUAUUUUGUCCAAAGGCCAGAUCAGUGCGGGCAGACAGGCUCAUCUGUGCAAGCAACUUGGCUGGGUCAUGCCACUGUACUGGUGGAGAUGGAAGGACUGGUGCUUCUAACUGACCCCAUGUUCAGCCAGAGAGCCUCUCCAAUGGCAUUCAUGGGUCCAAAGCGUUUCCGUGACCCGCCUUGCACCAUAGAACAGAUUCCUCGCCUGGACGCAGUGGUGAUCAGUCACACGCACUACGAUCACCUCGACGCAGACUCUGUGGCAGCCCUGAAUGCCCGCUUUGGUUCUAGUUUGCGCUGGUUCGUGCCGCUCGGGUUGGCCGAAUGGAUGCAAAAGGCAGGAUGCGAGAAUGUCACAGAGCUGGACUGGUGGGUGGGAAGCCGCAUUCCCGGGCAUGAAAAUGUCACAUUUUUUUGCACGCCAGCACAGCACUGGUGCAAACGCACGCCUGUGGAUGACAACAAAGCAUUAUGGGGGAGCUGGACUAUCGUAGGCCCACACUGUCGUUUCUUCUUUGCUGGGGAUACGGGAUACUGUUCAGCAUUUAAAGAGAUUGGAAAACGCUUCGGACCAUUUGACCUGGCUGCAAUUCCAAUCGGAGCGUACCUGCCCAGAGGAAUCAUGAAGUCUCAGCAUGUGGACCCUGAAGAAGCUGUUCAGAUUCACAUUGACAUUCAGGCCAAAACAUCACUGGCCAUUCACUGGGGGACAUUUGCUUUGGCCUAUGAGCAUUAUCUUGACCCUCCAGCACGUUUGCAUGAGGCUAUGAUGAAUCAUGGACUGACUCCAGAUCUGUUCUUCACACUUCAUCACGGAGAGUCACGGAAAAUCAACCACAAGGACACGCACUCGUCCGGCUAAACAGAAACCCAGGAAGUAUGGAGACACAGAAAUAUGAUUGCGCUCUACACAAGCUGCAUUUUUAUAAUAUUACAGCUGCAGAUUGUGCUGAUCCAGUGGCUGGACUCUGGAUUUAAUGCAGUAUGAAUGUUAAAAAAAUGUAUUAGAUUUCUAUUUUGAUUUAAUAUCAUUUGUCAUUUAAAAUAUCAUGCUGUGCCAUAAUAAAACAACAUAUGAAUUGGAAUAACAUUGGUCAGGUGAGAUCUUACCUGUGGAGCUUGUGGUAAUCAGACGUAAUCGUUCAUAAGAUGCAGAAGAACCAAACCUUAGGAAAUUCACUUUAUUUGCAAUUGUUUAAUAACAUCAUUCCUCAGAUAAAAAUGCAAUAUUACAGGAAUAUACAGCAGAGAUUAAUUUAAAACUUCCUGUCAAGAACCAUACAAUCUAAAGAUAUUUUUUAGUUUUUAUUUACUGGUAGCGUGCGUUAUAAGCAAGACACACUCUGUCACCAAAGACAGACUGACAGAUACAGAUACAAA